AUGGGUCAGAUGUUUUCGGUGCGGACUGUUGUAGUUCUGAGGGUUCGUUUGGUCCUACCUUGGACUGCUCUGACGGUGUCAGCAGGGGACUGUGACCACAUCACUGGUCAGUGCUCCUGUCGGACCGGAUUCAUCGGACACAGCUGUGAACUCAAGUGUCGUCCCGAGUGUCGUCCCGAGUGUCGUCCCGAGUGUCGUCCUGGCACGUUUGGUUAUGGCUGUCAGCAGCUGUGUGUGUGUAUGAACAACGCCACCUGUGACUAUGUGACUGGAACCUGCUACUGCAGCAUCGGAUACAAAGGCAUCCGCUGUGACCAGGCUGCCCUGAUGAUGGAAGAGCUGAAUCCUUACACCAAGAUCAGCCCGGCCUUGGCAUCAGAGCACCAGUCAGUGGGCGCUGUCAUGGGCAUCAUCUUCCUCCUCCUCUUCAUCAUGACCGUGUUGGGGGUGGUGGUGUGGUGGCGGCAUCACCAGAGAGAGAAAGGAGGGCAGCACAUGCCCAGUGUGUCCUACAGCCCUGCCCUGAGGAUCAGCAGCCAGGGUUACUCCCUCUCUGGUGAGACUGUACAGGCUUUGUUCUCCUCUCUAGACUCCUCUCCUACCAUCAGCAACGUCAGUCGUUGUUUCACUAACCCCUCCUACCACACUCUGGGAGCAUGUACCUACGCUGGCCACUACGCCAAGCCUGACAAGAAGACCAGAAGGGCCAAGGUGAAGGACAAGAGGUUAAACAGGAAUAGUGCUCCAGAGUGGACAGCCUACUAUAACCUCGAUGAACUGGGUGUGUACCGUGUAGACAGACGCUACAGCUCCUACCAUGAACAGUACCACAGAGACUACAUGAAGGGUUCCCUGUCCAGCACCUGUUCUCUGAACAGUGAGAACCCCUACGCCACCAUCAAUGACCCGCUGGCCGUGGCCUGCAAACACACAGAGAGCAGCUAUGUAGAGAUGAAGAGUCCUGUCCACCACGACAUGUCCUACUGCCCCUCUGCUAUAGUCACCACCACCGCCACACACACCGUCAGCAAGAACGUCUAUGACGUGG